AUGAGCGAAACGCCUUCUUCUAGUUUUUCCAUGAUCCAUCCGGCUUCUUCUGAAGGCCAGGCUCCUUCUCUUCGCCACCUGAGCGUCACGCACCCCGUGGUGGCCAAGAGGAUCAGCUUCUACAAGAGCGGAGACCCGCAGUUUGGGGGGGUCAGGGUGGUGGUCAACCCUCGUUCCUGCAAGACGUUCGAUGCCCUACUGGACAGCUUGUCCGGAAAGGUGCCUCUGCCUUUCGGGGUGAGGAACAUCAGCACCCCCGGGGGAAGGCACAGGAUCACGUGCCUGGAGCAGCUGGAGGACGGCCAGUCAUACCUGUGCUCGCACAGCAGGAGGGUGCAGCCCGUGGACCUGGGCAAAGCCCGCCGGCGCCCGCGGCCCUGGCACAGCAGCCUGGCCACAGGCACGCGUGUGCACCACCUCCCAGCUGCUGCUCCGGGCAUGCUGCACGCCCCUCGCAGGCUGCUGGUGUUCAGGAACGGGGACCCCGGCGCCAGGCGCGUGGUUCUGCUGAGCAGGAGGGUCACCCAGAGCUUCGAGGCGCUUCUGCAGCACCUGGCAGAGGUCAUGCGGUGCCGCGUGACCAAGCUGUUCUCCACGGAUGGCAGGAAGGUUCCCAGUCUUGAGGCCGUCAUUGUGAGCCCUGGCGUUGUGGUGGCAGCCGGGAGGGAGCCGUUUAAACCGGGAAAUUAUGACAUCCAGAAGUACUUGCUGCCAGCUAGAUUACCAUGGAUCUCUCGUCGUGUGUACCCCAAGGGAAAUACUAGGUCAGAAGGCAGAAAGAUGGGCACACUUAUGCCUUCAAGCCCAAGGUCUCAGAUUUAUUCUGGUUCUUCUGACAAAAUGCAUAAUAAUGUUUGCUACUCAGACCAUUCCUUUGCUCCUGAACAUUACUUGGCCUUAGAAAAAAAGAAUUCUCAGAAUUUAUUGAUAUAUCCUUCUGAAGAUAAUGUUGAGAAAUCAAUUAUAUUUAAUCAGGAUGGCACCAUGACAGUUGAGAUGAAAGUUCGGUUCAAGAUAAAAGAAGAGGAAACCAUAAAAUGGACAACCAGUGUCAGUAGAGCUGGUCUUUCUAAUAAUCAUGAAAAGAGUGAUAUAAACAGUUUUCCAGGAAGAACAGAUGAUCUGAAAUCUGGCUUAAAGAUUGCAGCAUGCUCAUUGUCUGCAGAUGUCUCACCUUUGGAGAAAGGCAAUGAUCAAGAGGACAGUUUAGCUGAGGAGAUAAACACUCACGUGACAGCUCAAGAGGCUGAAACUUAUAAUUCUGGCUGGGAGAAUUCUGCUUUGGACACAAAUGCCACCCAGAGAACUCAGGAUCAAGCAGAACAUCAUUUUUAUAGGCCCCCUACACCUGGACCAAAGAGAAAGCGACAAAAGAAAUCUGUGAUCGGGAGUGUAACCUUAGUAACUGAAAGUGAAGUUCAAGAAAAAAUGAUUGGACAAUUUUAUAGCGAAGAAAGGAAAGAUGGGGAAAACAAAUCUGAGUAUCACAUGUUUACACAUUCUUGCAGUAAAAUGUCAUCCGUAUGUAACAAACCAGUACUUGUUCAGAUAGAUAACAAUGAGCAGAUGGAGUCAUCUUUAGAAAGAAAAAAGGAAAGCAGACAACUCAAAUCAAGUUCAGUAAAGGCUGGUGUUACAGAAAUUACUAGUCAGAAGAUGUUAGAGAUGUCCCAUAUUAAUGGCUUUCCACAGACUGUACCAGAAAACGUAGUUGUGGAGGAAGAUAUAGUUGAUAAUGCAACACCAGCCAAUAAAACUAGUAUGAAGAACUCAAGAACUUAUGGUAACACCAAUGCUAGGUUCUGUCAUAUUUUAGCAGAUGCAAUGCCUUCUUCAAGUAAAAAUUCUGGAACUGACAAAUCUAUUUCUGAGACCCCAGCUUCAGUAGGAUCCUCUACUAUCACCAGAAGAAUUGACAGACUAAUUAAUCAAUUUUCUCAGUGCAGUUUAACUAAAGUUCCAGAAAAUGAAAAGCAGAUUCUAUCAUCUGUUGCCAGCAAAAAGCUGAUAUCUCAGCAGCAAGUGAAAAGUUAUAGGCAUCAGGAUGGAGAGAUUGCAGCUAAAGGAAUCCCUAGUAAGAAAAUAAACACAAGGGGUAGAAUUGCACAGGAAGCCAUAUUGCAAGAUUCACACAGUCCCAUUGACGGAGGGUUGCUUUGUGAGGAAGAUCUUCAUGCAAGUGACAGGGUAAUUGAAACAAAUUAUUUUUGUUCCCAAAGUAAUCUCAAUCCUGUGAAUUCUAAGAAUUUCCAAAUAAAUAAAUUAAAUGUGAUUCAGAAUCCUAAGGUCCAAGGACUUAGAGCCAAAAGAAAAUCCAGACCAUUAAACAAAGUAAGCUUUGGAGGCCAUGCAAAAAAAGAAGCUGGUCAAGGAGAUAAAGCAUUUCCCCAUAAUAAACUCAGAUAUUACAAAAAUAUUUUUGAAAAUCAAAAUGUAUUUCACACGGUUAACUUUCUUGAGCCAAACCCCAGUGCGUUUGGAAGACCACAGGCUCAAGCAGAAAUAGCAUCUUGGUAUUUGGGAGGAAUGGAAAAGAAGAGUUUAGUUUCAAAAGUCAGCAAUUCACACAUAACUUUAAAAAGUCAGAAAAAACAAAAAAGGGAUAAGUCAAAAUCAGGAACUAUUGUAAGUAAACAACGUGCUACAACAAGGGUAAAUCCCUUACCAUCUUUGAAAAACACUGUUUUUUCUGAGGAUAUUACCCAUCAUUCAGUCCAAAAUUAUAUACAGAGAUGGUUGCAGAACAUAAAUCCACAUUCAGCUUUGCAACCUAAAAAAUCAUCACCAAUAUGCAAAAAGGAAAGGCGUGUGGUAAGUUGUAACAAUGGUUUUGCAGGAAACAAUUAUCACACAAGUUCUGAAAAAGAAAAUAACUCUGUCAUGGAGAGUAAUAAACGCAUAACUAAAAAUGAUAGUGUGACAGGAGAUAAUCUAGAUAAAGAGGUAGGUAAAUCUUUUGACAAAGAUAACAGUGAAGAACUGACCGAAGAUCUCCAUGAGAGGCAGGUUGAGUCUCUGAAUGAUGCUUACUUGCUUUCCCUACAUGAAUGUUGUACUGUGUCACAGUCAGCUAUUGAUGAUCAUAAUACUAAACGUCACGGAGCUGUUGAAAAGUCAGGACAUUGUUUACCAAGCCUUGUUUACCAAGAAAUAAACCUAGCUACAAAAGGGCAAAGUGUAGAGGCUGCCACCCAAGUAGGUCCAAUGGAAGAAGGCACUCCAAAAGACCUCUUUCUAGUACUUUUGCUUCGCCAACUGCAAGCUUUAACUUCCAGUAUUCACCAGACCCAGAAUGGUAUUGUUCCAAUGCCAGGUUCACUUGUAGAUGUUCCUUUCCAUUCUCCAAUAUGUGAUUCACCCACUAAUGUCCUCCUAGAUUGGCUCUUGGUGCUAAACCUAAAGGGAAGUGUGAAUAGCCUCUGCCAAGGUGAUGCUCACAAGACUACCAACAGGACUUCUGAAUUACUUGCAUUGUUGGAGGUCCUAAAGCAUGUUGCCAUCACAGAGGAAGCUGAUGACUUGAAGACUGCUGUGGCCAAUUUAGUGGAGUCCACUACAAAUCCCUUUGGACUCCCUGAGAAAGGACAAGAUAUGGUUCCAGUCGGUCUUUCCACAAAUUGUUCCACACUUACUACUCAGAGACUUUCUGAGUGCACUGAGAAUGAAAAAGCACAGAACAUCUUCUCUUUAAAUGCCAAUGAGGACUGUGCUCCUAAAGUUUGUGUUUCAGAGGUGACUUCCUCUCCAUGUGAGGUGUGCACUGGGAGUAAGAUUUACCCUCCAAAAGAGACUUGUAGCCUCAGUAACAUUUUGUCCCAUAGUGAUGGCUGUACCAUGGAUCAGACCUCUAUGAGUCAGGCUUGUUUCCUAGGAAAGGGCUAUUCACUUACUGAUGUGGUAUCUUCCCAUAAGGUUUGUGCUCAUGAGGAAAAACAUACUUAUGAGAAAGCUUGCCCAAUGGAUGGGGCCUACAUUCCCAUCAAAGUCUGUAAUACCGGUGACUUUUUCCAAAGAAAUUCCAAAGAAAUCACAUAUACUGAUAAUUUGGGAUUCAUUGAAGAGCUAGAAAGAGUUGAUGAAGUUCAGAAAGACCUGAAUAUUUUGGCAGACCAUGAGUAUAAUAAACAUGGCUUUAAUGUAUUGAUGCCACACCAAAAUAGCAAUUUAAGCCAUUAUGGUGUUUCCCUAAAUGCAGCUGAACUAGAAUUUGAUAAAGAACAUAGUGCUCUAGAUGAAUCUAAAGGUGGUUUAUUAAAGAAAUCUCAGGAUAAAAAUUUAUAUACAACUUUUGAUAAGAAAGAAUCAAAAACUUCUAAAGAAUCAGGUUCAAUAACUGAAAGCAUAACAUCAAAUGAAAGACACAUUUCAGAACUGGAAUCCUUUGAGGAAUUAGAAAAGCAGAACAUUGAUAUCUUUAAUACAAAGCUAAAUUCUGGAGAGCAAAUGACUGAAGAAUUGAUCCAAAAAGAGUUAGAGACUAGUGAAAAUAUGGAAUUAAUAGAAGUCUCUAGCAGGAACAUUGUGGAAGAAGAAAGAGGGAAUGGUGUAAUUUGUAAGGCAAACAGUAGGGGUCUGGCACCACCACCACCUUUAGUGUUUUGCCCUGUUCCUGAAAAGGAACUCAAUGAAGGAGAAACUAAUACGAGGGUAAAAAUGAUGGUGAAAAGCAUGGAAAUUGGAAGUUGUUCAGAGUCCCCUCUUGAUGUUAAAAAUGGCUUCAAGAGAACAGUGACUUCUGAUUGGUCAGACUAUACACAAGACAGUGAGAACGAUCAGCCAUGGAAAACAUCCAGUGAUAGCUCCAAUGACAGCGGUGAGGAGAUUGCUCAAGAGAAAGACUAUAAUAAAGGAUUUGUUAAGAGAACAAUAGAAAAACUUUAUGGUAAAGUGGAUGUUGUUAAACCAUCUUUUUUCCCUCCGAAUAGAUCUCAGGUUUGUCCUUACAAUUCUGUGGAAUUUCAGUGUGCUAGAAAAGCAGAUCUUUAUGAUUCUGAAGGUCAGUCAUUUGGCUCAUCUGAACAGGUAUCCAGAGGUUCAUCUAAGUUGCAGAAAUUUCAAGAGGAAAGUCAAGAUAAAUGUGACUUUAGUGAGAUGAAGGCCAAUUAUCAUGGGGGAGAUAUUGUAGAACAUAGCACAAAACAAAAUGAUCAUAACAGUAUCUCCAGGGACAGAGAGGAAGGAAUAUUGAUUGACAAGGGCAAGUGGCUCCUGAAAGAAAAUCAUUUGCUAAGAGUAUCAUCUCCUGAAAAGUCUGGCAUAUGUGGCAAUGCAGAUACUAUGUCAGUGGAUACUCUUCUUGAGAAUAGUAAUGCACCAUAUUCACAUUUUGGAAAUUUGGCCCCAGACUCAAACAUGGCUGAGCUCUCCUCUUCAGAAUUGGAGGAACUGACUCAACCCUUUGAACUGAAAUGCAAUUAUUUCAACAUGCCUCAUUGUAGUGACUCUGAGCCUUUUCAAGAGGAUUUGCUAGAUGUUCAAAAUAAAACUUGUCCUAAGGAGAAAAUACGAAACCAUCAUGCAGAGGAGAUGGGUCAUCAUAGGUCGGAAAGAGUAUGCACCUCUGUCACUCAUGUCUUUACUGCUGCCAACAAAGUCCAUCCCGCCUCUAAUGAUACUAUUAAACAUCAGCCAUUGCCUGGAAAUAAUAAUACUCAUGGUGCACUUCAGGAAGGUGACUCUCUGGAUAAACUCUAUGCCUUUUGUGGUCAACAUUGCCCAAUUCUAACAGUUAUUAUCCAACCUAUAAAUGAGGAAGACAGAGGAUUUGCAUAUUGCAAAGAUUCUGAUAUUGAAAAUUCCUUGGACAACUAUUCAUGGAUGAAAAUACGCCCCUGUUUCCUAGAGUCAAACAAGACUGUGUUCAGAAAUAAGAAAGCAAGUAGUAGAAAGGCAUUUAUUGAUGAAGCCAUUGGUGAUAUAUUUGAUCAACUUUAUUUCAAUAGCAUACGUGACUUGAUGGGUAAAAGAAGAAAAUCAAAAAGAAUUAACUUCUUGGACUUAGAGGAAGAAAAUAAAUUAAAUUUUCAGUUAUAUUUAAAGAAAAGGUUUUGUGUGAAUUUAUUACACACAUUACUGCUAGUUGUGGGUGAUGUGAACUCAAAUACACAAGGUCCCAACAAUCAGACAAAUGAAAUAUUUGAAGUAGUUGAUGAGAAUAACAACUUAUUAAACAACAGAUUCCAGAGCUCAAGGACAAAUCUGAACCAAGUAAUAAGAGAAAAUAUCAACUAUUAUUUCUUCUUUGAAAUGUUUGGUCAAGCCUGCCUAGUUUGCCAACAUGAGACAUCCUUAAAUAUUAGCAACAGAAAUGUAUUAAAAUAUCUUAUGUUUUUUAGGGUGAAAAUUUUUUCAUUUGGGAAGAGGAAAACCAACUAA